AUGCGGUCGAUGUCUGGUGAAGAGUACAUUCAUUUGUACAUGGUCUUUUUAUUUAUUCUUACUAAUGACGUGUCUUGUAUACACCAGGCAUCUAGUGGUGGCGAUAAACUGUUACUGGUACUCCUAGACGGCUUGCGUUAUGAUCUUUUCAACGCUGACAUGCCUAACCUGAAGCAAAUUGGUAUUGAUGGUGUUAAAGCUGAUAUGAUAUUACCUCCAUUUCCAACUAAAUCAAUACCUUCCAUGUAUACAACUGCAACAGGCUUGUACACAGAAAGCCACGGUGCUGUGAAUAAUAAUUAUUAUGAUCCAGAGACUGGGAUAAUUUUAGAUUACGAACACACAUGCAACGCCUCUGAGUGGUUUGAUACAGGUGCAGAACCGAUCUGGGUUAGUGCCAAUUUCAGCGGUCUCACGUCAGGUACAUACAUGUACCCUGGUGGAUCAGUUGAAAUUAAAGGUGUUCGUCCAAAUAAGGAUGUGGCUAACACUGAGUGGAGAUGGUAUAAUUUACCUUUUAGGAAACGAAUUGACGAUGUUGUGACUUGGUUCCGAGAUGAUGAUUUGGACUUAGUACUGCUCUACCACGGCCAGUUAGAUACGAUAUUACACGCUACAGGUAUGGAAUCUUCUGAGACAAUGGAUAUGAUUAGUGAAAUAGACGAUGGGCUGGCAUAUCUACUGGACGAAUUGAAUGAAUACAACUUACUGGAGGACAUGAAUAUAAUUAUCACCAGUGACCAUGGCCACACAACAGCUGGUGACGUCAUCCGUGUAUGGGAUUGCAUCAGUGAAAAUGACGUGGAUUUUUGGAUUCCUUUCAAUGGCGCAGUUGGAUAUUUGAAUCCAAAGUUAGAAAGACGAGAAGAGGUGUACCAACAGCUAAAGGAAUGUCACCAUGAAAUGAAUGUUUACAAAAAAGACGAAACACCAGACUAUUUACACUACAAGUAUAAUGAGAGGAUUCUGGACAUUCUCUUGUUAGCCAAUCCACCAUGGAAUCUUGUUAUGUCCAAUACGACUAAUGAAACGUCGGUGACAGAGCAUGGCUAUGAUUUUUUACAUUCGGAAAUGCAGUCAAUAUUUUAUGGAUAUGGCCCCAGAUUUAAAGUUGGAUACGAAAGAGGGUCCUUCGAAUCUGCAUCUAGUGGUGGCGAUAAACUAUUACUGGUACUCCUAGAUGGUUUACGUUAUGAUCUUUUCAACGCUGACAUGCCUAACCUGAAGCAAAUUGGUAUUGAUGGUGUAAAAGCUAAUAUGACAAUACCUCCAUUUCCAACGAUAUCAAUACCUAGUACGUACACAAUUGCAACAGGCUUGUACACAGAAAGUCACGGUGUUGUGAAUAAUAAUUAUUAUGAUCUAGAGACUGGGAUAAUUUUAGAUUACGAACACACAUGCAACGCCUCAGAGUGGUUUGAUACAGGUGCAGAACCGAUCUGGGUUAGUGCCAAUUUCAGCGGUCUCACGUCAGGUACAUACAUGUACCCUGGUGGAUCAGUUGAAAUUAAAGGUGUUCGUCCAAAUAAGGAUGUGGCUAACACGGAGUGGAGAUGGUAUAAUUUACCUUUUAAGAAACGUAUUGAUGAUGUUGUAACUUGGUUCCGAGAUGAUGAUUUGGACUUAGUACUGCUCUACCACGCACAGUUAGAUACGAUGCUACACGAUACAGGUAUGGAAUCUUCUGAGACAAUGGACAUGAUUAGUGAAAUAGACGAUGGGCUGGCAUAUCUACUGGACGAAUUGAAUGAAUACAACUUACUGGAGGACAUGAAUAUAAUUAUCACCAGUGACCAUGGCCACACAACACCUGGAGACGUCAUUCGUGUAUGGGAUUGCAUCAGUGAAAAUGACGUGGAUUUUUGGAUUCCUCUCAAUGGCGCAGUUGGAUAUUUGAAUCCAAAGUUAGAAAAACGAGAAGAGGUGAGCAAAAUCUCAAAGUCAAAACCGAUGAUAAUAUUAGAUGUGUUCACGCUCAUCUCAUUAGCACAAGCGAAAAGGUCAAAAUCGUUAUCCCGUACUAAGAAAACACUUAGUACGGGUUAUGAAACGAUGAGUAAGAUCUAA